CCACUAAAACAGUGUUUACCUCCGUACUAGAAAAUUACUGCACGAUUUUUACAAACAAAUCUGGUAAAACAAGCAAAUCAUUUUUCGCAUAAUGCGGUCGUUAACAUGGUGCUGCUAGAAACAGUGAUAAAGGCAGUUUUGCAAAUUAUCCUAUAAUAAUAUCGAGCGAAAAUGUCCUCAUCGUGACAGACUACAAUGACGGAUAAGGCCGUAUCCACCGAAGACUUGUGCGUCGAUCCUCCCCGAAACGCCAGUUUGGAGGCGGCGAGACUCGAAGCCGUCAUCAAAACUUUGAUCGAGAACAAAGUCGAGACACUGAAAAACGCCAAACGCAAAUCCUCAAGCAUCACUUCCAGUCCGAAGAGUCUCUUCAACAAACUGCGAGGCAACUCAACCUCGACAGUGUCUUCCAAAGACAAAGACGACAUCACAUCGAUUCAUUCGCAAAAACGCCACAAAAAAUCAGGGCACCGGAAAAGCUCCCCUAGCUCGCCGCGCCCCAGACCGGGGCGCUCCCACGAGAGAACUCUCCAAUUCAGCGAUGAGGACGGCAGCGAAAACUUCGGAUUUUUGCACCGGGAUCAGCCUCCAGGAGCGCGUUGUUACUGCCGUAACAAUCCGAAUGAAAUUUGUAGCCAGAUUCAUGUCGAUGAUGAUUUUAUUUCGCUCAAUAUUGACGAUUACGAGAAUUUGGAUCCUGAAGAAUUGGCGGCGAUAAGAACGGUGAAGAGAGCGCAGAGGAAGAAACGAAGACGAAGAAAACACCAUCGCAAGCAGAUGAAGAUGACGGCAGUGGCGGUGCAAGUGAAUGAUUUUAAGGAUUUGGAUGAUGAUGAGUUGUCUCAAAGGGCGAGGAUGACGAUUGUGUUAACUGCCUUUUUGUUGCUGUUUAUGUGCCUGCUACUGGUGGGGAUCACGCUCAGGAUGGCGCCGCUUAUAGACGAUAUGGUUCGCAAGGAAAAUGAAGAACUAAUGAAUUCCUUCGACGACCCAAACCAACUUCAAAACUUAACCGUCCCUGUCGCUCUGAAAUAAGAAACUUUCUGCCGACCCCGCCCUUCGACUUUUCGACCCAAUGCCAACCGAAAUAUCAAAAAACAAAGACUGAACUAUCGCAACACACCCGUCAAAAGCCUAAGUCCUCUUUCGCUCUUUGUCAGUUUGUUUAGAAAUUGUGUUAAAUGAAUAUCAGCUCAAUGGUUAUAAGAAGUCGGGCAGUUCAUCGCCGAUUUGGAUGCUCAGUCUUGUCAAUUAGAUCACUUUUAGUUGCAUCGACGGUGAAAAAUCGGAUUUCUUAAGUGUAUAUUUAGUGUUAGGUAGAUGAAAAAAUAAACAUUUUUAUAUAAAGUGCGAAGUGAAAAUAGUCGUUUGAUGAAUGUUAGGUUUAUUUAGUAAGUCAUGGCAGGGUAUAUUCGAAGACUAACUGUUUGAAGUAAUCAAUUAGACAAAAAUAGAUCACUCUCGAGGAAUACCUAUAUCAUUAAUUUUGUUCUACCCUAUAACUAAAACAAUUAAGACAAUCAAACUAAAUCAAACGAUUUGAAAUUUGCGCUGUGUGACGUCACACACAUCCUAACCAAUGACGUACUAAAAACAUUACCUAAAAAAAACUUAAUAUUAUAUUUAGAUUCAUGAAUGUGAUACCUAAACCCUCCAUAUCGCACAAUGUCACAUAUUUAUGGGUCUAGUGAGUUGUUGACGUAAUAAUAAUAAAAUUAUCAACGUUGUUUGUAAGUAGACAAUCAAAACUUAAGGUUCAGAUAUAUUUGUAUGUUGUUUGAGCAAUGUUGUAUCAAUAAGUAAUAAUAACACGAGGACUAUGUUUAAUAAUUAUUUACAAUAGGAUUUGUUAACAUUUUUAAUGUAAAUUCAGUGUAAAGUUUAUUAAAUAAAGAUUUA